AUGCCAAUCGCGGUCAGACCAGAGCAGGAGCUUGCCCUGCAUGAAAAGCAGUUCUAUGUCAAUGAUGGACUACUUCCCGCGCAUGCCAUUGGCGCACUCGAACCUACCACGCUCGACACGCCCUUGGAAGAGAUGCAGCGGAGGUAUCGAGAGAACGGCUACCUAUUCGUCAAAGGCGUCGUGCCGCGCGAAGACAUUCUGAAAGUCCGUCAAAAGUAUUUCGAAAAACUCGCCCCCACAGGCUGUCUCGCGCCUGGAACUAAGCCGGUUGAAGGUGUGUUUGACAUGAGCCAAAAUCGACUCAGCUUCCCCGGUGUCGGCGCUGGGCCAGUCGAUACAGAUGAGAAUGGCGACGUUGCUGGAGCAGACCCGAAAAUCGCAAAACUAUUCAACGACCUUGCUCUGGAAGCUCAUCACGAAGACUGGUACAAGGAGGACCUGUGCCGCCACCCUGCUAUACAGGAUCUGGUGGCCAAAUUGACCGGCUGGGGUGACAACACCUUGAGCAUCCGCCGGACACUAUUACGGAAUAACAUGCCGCACAACACGGCCAUUGGAGUCCACUACGAUCAGAUCUUUCUCCGCCAUGGAGAGGACACCUUCGUCACAGCUUGGGUCCCGAUCGGCGAUAUCAGCAUCGAGGGGGGAGGAUUGAUCUAUCUCGAAAAGGGGCACGACAUUGGCGAGCAGACUGAGAGAGACUUUAUGACACGUGCCCGCGCCGCUGGCAUGACCGAGCAAGAGACCAAGGAUGCCUACAACGCGAAUAUGCUGGCAGGUGGCCUGCUCGAUGUUGGACCUGCUCGCUAUGCAGAAAAGUACAACAGACGCUGGCUCCUCACCGCAUAUGAAGCUGGCGAUGUUGUGUUUCACAAUCCUUAUGCUGUAGGCUUCCGAGAAAUGUUGCGACUUGGAGAGGGAUCCUUAUGCUAA